GAUAAAUUCUCCCCCCUUCCCAAACAUAAUCUACACACGACCACCAAAAUGAAGACCGCAGAGCUGGCGGCACUGCCGACCGCUCUCGCAGCGCCCGAUUUCAAAGUCAUUGAGCCGCACCUCAUCGCUCUCGACAAGCACCUGAUCCUGCGAACGUUCGUCGACGGCUACUCGCUCAGCGAGGCUGACAUCAACAUCUGGGUCACGAUCCGCAGCAACAAGGUCGCGAACGCAUUCUUGAAGCGUGGAGCGCUACCGAAUCUGGGGAGAUGGUUUACCUAUAUUGAGCAGAGCCAUCCGGAAAUCCAGGAGGAGAUUAAAGCGAAGGAUGAGGCGGAGAGGGCGAGGAAGGCGGGCCUGAGUAAGGCGGGCGCUAGCUACAAUAUGGCGUUGCAGGAUGUGGAGAAGGGUGUUGUUACGAGAUUUCCUCCGGAGCCUUCGGGAUACUUGCAUAUUGGUCAUUUGAAGGCGGCUAUGUUGAACGAUUACUUCGCACACGAGCUCUACAAAGGCACGCUUCUACUACGGUUCGAUGAUACGAAUCCUUCGAAGGAGAAGCAGGAAUAUGAGGACUCGAUUAUUGAAGAUCUCAAGCUGGUGGGCAUCAAGCCGGACAAGACGAGCUAUACCAGCGAUCAUCUCGAGGUGUUGUACCAGUACUGUAUUCGAAUGAUCAAGGAGGGCCAUGCAUACGCAGACGAUACGGAUCAAGAUACUAUGAGAGACGAAAGAAUGAAGGGGAUUGCGAGCAAGAACCGGAGUAAGAGUGUCGAGGAGAAUCUGGCGAUUUUCGAGGAGAUGAAGGCAGGCUCUGAGAUUGGAUUGAAGAAUGCCAUUCGUGCGAAGAUGUCAGUCGACAAUCCCAACAAGGCUAUGCGAGAUCCUGUGAUCUACCGCUGCAAUCUUCUACCACACCACCGCACCGGCGAGACCUGGAAGAUGUACCCUACCUAUGACUUUGCAUGCCCAAUCGUCGACGCUCUCGAAGGUGUAACCCACGCUCUAAGAACGACCGAGUACACAGAUCGUAACCCACAAUACCAAUGGUUCCUCGACACCCUAAAACUUCGCCAAGUCCACAUGUGGGAUUUCGCAAGAAUGAACUUUAUCAGAACCGUUCUCUCGAAACGAAAGCUGACGAAGUUGGUCGAUGCUGGAAUUGUCUGGGGCUGGGAUGACCCACGUAUGCCUACCAUUCGAGGAGUUCGAAGACACGGCAUGACUAUUGGUGCAUUACGGGAUUUCAUUCUGAAGCAAGGACCAAGUCGAAAUAUUGUCACGAUGGACUGGACGAACUUCUGGGCUUCCAACAAGAAAGAAAUUGACCCCAUCGCACCGAGACAUACUGCCGUGGAUACCAAAGAUACCGUCAAAGCCACCAUCACCAACGGUCCAACCGAAGCACACACCGAAGAUAAGUUCAAGAUCCCCAAGGCCGGAGAUGCUGGAGGGAAAAAGAAGGUCGGAUACAGCAAACAUCUCAUCCUUGACCAGGAGGACGUCAAGCUCUUCAAGCAAGACGAAGAAAUCACCUUGAUGAACUGGGGCAACGCCAUCGUCCGCAAGAUCAUCAGCUCUAACCCCAUCACGGACAUCGAGCUAGAGCUGCACCUCGAAGGCGACGUCAAGAAGACAGAGAAGAAAGUCACGUGGCUAUCCACCGGCCCAGCCGAACUUAUCCCCGCUGAGGUAUGGGAGUUCGAUCACCUGUUCACGAAGGACAAGCUGGAGGAAGAGGAUAACUGGGAGGACUUCGUGAAUAAGGAGAGUUCGAGCAAGACGAUCCAGCUGUGCGAUGCGAAUGUGGCGGAUUUGAAGGAGGAUGAUAUUAUUCAAUUAGAGAGGAAGGGGUAUUUCAGGGUUGAUAAGCCUGCUGGGGAUGGCAAGCCGCUGGUGUUGUUUGGGAUUCCGACGGGGAAGACGAAGUGAGGCGGGGUAGAGAAAAGUUUACUUGCUGCAUAGAGCUGUGAAUGAAUUGAUGA